AUGGCUGAAACAAAGGUAAGCCUGAAGCUUUUCAUAGACAAAAAAGGGCAACGGGUGUUUUUUGCUGAAGCAGACAAAAAAUUUGUUGAUUUCCUAUUAAGCAUUUUCACUCUUCCUGUGGGAGCUGUCUUUAGGCUUCUGGAAGAGGGAGGCAGCGUGGUAGGCAGCUUGCCUAGCCUUUACCAGAGCUUUAAAAAUAUGAGUGUUAAUUACAUCCAACCAAGCAAAGACAAACUUUUUCUGCUAGAACCCAAAGUAAUCAUGCCCGGUGCUGUAGUCCCUCUCCUUUUGCAAAACGUUGGGUCAACAUUCCGUCAACUGUAUAGGUGCCAGUACUCAUCCAGUUACAGUUACUGUAGCAGUUACGUGGUUGAUGAAAUUAACACAAUUUGUCCUCAGUGCAAGUCUAAGAUGGACCGAAUCGUAACAUACAUAGGCCCACAAAGCGCAAUUAGGGCCUCCUCCAAUGAUGGUUACGUGAAAGAGACGGUUACAUACAUGGUGAUGGAUGAUUUGGAGGUGACACCCUGUUCCACCACUACUCUUAUCUCUCUGCUCACCAAGUUUAAGGUCAAUGUCAACGAAAAAGGGGCUAUUGAGGAGUGA